AUUCCUCUUUGGCAUUCACUACUUCUCUCUCUCUCUCUCAUUCAAGUUCUUAAAUUCAUGACAUGACAUUCUCUCAUGAAUAAUGCCUUUCUUUCACUCCUCUGCGCCAGCAACGAACCUAUAGAGGAUCUUUGGAGAGUAUGGUGAAUCAGGUUGCACCAAGUGCUGAUUUUGAGAAAUUCACAUGGAGAAUUGAAGAUUUCUCAAAAAAGAAUGCCAUGAAAUUACGCUCCAAGGCUUUCAAAAUCCGCGGUUGUACAUGGAGGAUCCUUGUGUAUCCACUGAGGAAGGAUGUGAAUCAUUUUUCAUUGUAUUUGGUGGUUGCUGAUUCUUUACCACCAUAUGGAUGGAGCAGAAACACGUUUUUCAAGCUAGCUCUAAUUAAUCAGGUGGAUAAGAAGAAAUCAAUUGUUAAAGAGACUCAACAAAAGUUCAAUGGAGGGUGUCGUAGCUGGGGUUCAUUAUUCGUGAAUCUAAGUGAUUUCCUUGACAUUAAACAAGGGUAUCUUGUGAGGAACACAUGCAUCAUUGAAGCUCAUAUUUGUGUCUCUGAUUUUGCUCCUAAGAUUCGAGACAACCCCAUGAACCAAAUUGAAGAAACAGAAUCCUCAGAAGAGAGGGACACACUUAGUCCUACCAGCUCAGGAUCUAGUCCAAAUGAGAGUGAAAUUCAAGGUUCAGAUUUAACAUUAAAAGACCUCAUAGAUUUUGAGAGUUUAAGCACAGAAGAAAAAGCUUUCAUUCCACUAUUGGAGGAGGUUUGUACAUGGCGUCCUUCUUUGAUGCAGAGCCAGAGAAACAGAACUCGGUGGUUCAGACAAUGGGCAUUCACAUCUUUGGGACAGGUUUUGCAUUUUCUUAAGACCAAGAAGGUGAAGGAUAUAAGUGAAGAUGAUUGUAAUCACCUUCGAGGUUUGUGGGAGGAACUUAUUAAGUCCUCUGGUUUGGACUUGGUUUGGCUUGAGCCUUAUGUUCAAUCUGCACUGGGUGUGAAAGCUCAUUUGGAAAGAGCACAGCAAAUGAAGAAACUAAAGGACAAUGUGGUUGGUUUGGAGAUUAAAAUGAAGAAGCUGAGAGGAGAACUUGCUGCUGCAGAAGCCAAGUUUGAUGUGGCAAGGAGAGACUUAUCACAAGUUAGAAAAGGUUUCCAACAGAUGGAUAUAAAUGCUGCAAUAGGUUAUGCUAUGUUUUAAUUAGAUGAAUUGUACUAUGAUUCCUGAACUGUAAAGGGAAGUUUCAUUUCGAUACAAAUCAUGGAAAAAUUGUAGGUUGUGUAUAAUUAUUAUUGUUAUUAUUAUUAUUUUUUGUAAUUACAAGUGAUAAAGAUCAAAUAUAGUUUGAAUAUACCAAACGAUGGUAGUUCAUCC